AUGGGUAAGGGUACUCCUUCAUUCGGUAAGCGUCACAACAAAUCUCACACCUUGUGUAACAGAUGUGGUCGUCGUUCUUUCCAUGUUCAAAAGAAGACCUGUUCCUCUUGUGGUUACCCAUCCGCUAAGACUAGAUCUCACAACUGGGCUGCCAAGGCAAAGAGAAGACACACUACUGGUACCGGUAGAAUGAGAUAUUUGAAGCAUGUCUCCAGAAGAUUUAAGAACGGUUUCCAAACCGGUUCUGCUAAGGCUACUUCUGCUUAA